AUGUCGUCAAAGACCGAGUACCAACCUAUCGAUAGGCCAUCUAACGACAUAGAGGAGGAUACAGAUCUUCUUCGAAACUAUGUCAAUGUCCAUGGAAAUAACCGACUGGAAAAGCUCAUUUGGUUAGGCUUCAUUCUUACCAUUGUGGUCACCAAUGCUUUCUGGUUUAGUCUCUAUAACCAGCAGAAACUACAAUACAAAGAAGAGCAACCUAUUAACGGACGUCUCCUACGUAUCCCAUACAGAUUCACUACCCCAUACGUUGACGCCAAUCUCAAAGAACAAAACAAACUUUGGGCAGAUCUGUUCCCUCCUGGUUUGGGGGCCAUCAAAGUAGAACAUGAAUGGGCUGCCAAACAUCAUCUGCCCACAGCUCAAGGAAACGCUUCGGAUGGAAAGGCUAUCUAUACAGUUGCCGCAUUUCAUCAACUUCAUUGUCUGACUGUUAUCCGAACCAGCCUCUACCAAUUCAACAGCGGACGCAAGCAGCUUGAUCCCUGGGAUCAUAUCACUCAUUGCCUUGAUACCCUUCGACAAGAGAUACAGUGCUCUGCUGACCCAACGAUUGGUGGUAUAAGUAGAGUUCAUGAGUGCCGGGACUUCGAAGCUCUCAAGGAAUGGACAACGAAGCGUUCCUAUACAGAUUUCUUGGAGGAAAUUUUGUGA